AAAAUUUAAUUUAUAGUCAUUGCGUCCGACAUCCGUCUCGCUGGUCCACUUGAAGAACACACAUCUGGCCAAAUUGAAUCAUUAUUUGAAAGUAAUGUGUACUCUACUACCCGUAUUAUUCGUUCUGUUUUGCCAGUAUUAAAGAAACAACACCAUGGAAAAAUUUUGGUAACCAAUACUCAAGCUGGAAUAUUUGGAAUGCCAUUUCAUUCCGCUUACAGUGCUACGAAAUUUGCCGUUAAUGGCCUUCUCGAGUCCUUAGCUCCAGAGUGCCUCCGAUUUAAUAUAUAGUGAGUAUGCAUUAUGCCUAAUUUAAAUAAGGCACGCGUUUAUUCAUUCUCAAUGUGUAGCUAAAGAUGCUGUAAAGUCCGUUCUGUGCAUUAGUUCUGCUCAUAAACGGGGACCUGCAGCUAUAAACAUUGCCCAAAUUUUGCAUCUUUCGAACUUUUUUGAAUUGGAACGUAGAGUUUAUAUUCAUUCACAAGCAUAGCGAACCAGAAAAGUGUUAGAUAUUCAAUUAGUAUAUCAUAUUUUACAAAUAUAGCAGUUCAAAAUGUAAACAAAGCGUUUGUUUACAUUACGGACUUUACAGCAUCUUUAAUUUUUCUUAAAUUUGCAAAUAAUCACGCGUUAAGAAUGAAUGACGCUAUAGCGCCAUCAGCGAAAGCUGGUUUCAAUGGAGGGCGUCCAAGCUGUAUAUAUAUAGAAAACAUCGACAACUAGUAUACAAACCACAGUAACAAACAAAUAAUUAUUAAGGUAAAUAGUUUACAAGGUCGUGGUGUGACGCAAUUAAUCAAAAACUGAACUGUUCAUCGACGAAGAUCGAUAUAGAGCUUGCCUUAAUUCCGUAGCUUAGCCUCGCUGUAAUUGAACGUUUUUUAAAAGAUAUUAUUUUUUUGGUAAUGGAAGUAACAGACUUAUAUUAAUAUUUCUGAGAUUAUUUUAAUUAACAUCUAAUGAAAUGAAAUUAUUUGUGAAAAUGUUACUAACCGUUACACUGUAUUCUCGCCAACUCUAAUAAAUAACACAAAGGUAUCAUAACUCCCAAUAUCAAGUAAUCAAAUAAUCAGAGUUUAAUACAAUCACUUUUCCUCUUUAAAGUGUGUCAAUUUUGGAAACAAGUCUUUCCAAUGAAUCAGACAAGAAUGCGAAGGCCAUACGACUUGCGAUGGAAAACGACACGUCAGCCUUGGAUGGUGAUACUGUGGAUUACUAUGAGAACUUUAACAAUCGUCUUAAGAAGAAUAGGUCAUCGGUUAAAAAGCCCAACCCUAUGAAGUUGGGAGACACGGUGAAGGACAUAUUACUAACUUCCAAGCCACAUUUUCGCUAUCAGAUCAACCGUGUUUGCAAGGAAGCUGCAAGACAAAAACUAACUGAUGAAAGUGGCGAUUCUUUUAUUGAAGAGGCGGCAGAAAAAUACCUCUAAUAAUAUGUUAAAAUUGACAGGUGAAAAUUAUAAACAAACGUAAAAUUUGACCAGAUAUUUGCAUGCCAUGACAAUUUCAACCUUGGACCCUUGUAAGAAUGUUAAUGUUUAAUUUUAGUUGAAAACCAUAGCUAAGAAUAAGGACAAGGUUAUAAACCAACAUGUUCUGCAACCCUUCGCCAAGUUUUUUAGUUUUCAUUGGAUCAGACAAAUCUGUAUAGAUGCGUGGUAAUAUUUCUUUUUGUGCAUGCAGUGGACAAAAUGUACCUUUACGUAUGCGAUCCUGCACUGAGUUGAAGCGAUCCAGAGAACUGCGAUAAUUCAGAUUAAAUCAAAUUAAAUGCGAAUAUAUUGCAGUGCUUAAGCUGCAUAAUUUGUGGAUACCUGUUUAAUGAGCUAGAUAUAAUAACUUAUAAAGAUUGCUGAUUACAAUACAACGGCAGUUUGAGGGGCGGUGGCGCCAUGUCCGGUAUCAGCCGCAUGAGGAAAUGAGCUUCCGAGGAUGCAAACGUAAGAAGACUGAAACGGCUGUUCAACUCUAAUUAGUGACCAAAAAUAACGGUCAGAUAAU